AUGGAGAGGGCAGAGGCCAAUGAAGAAACCGCUGAACCUUCUGGAGAAGCCAUAAGAUCUCGUCUCAGUAACAGAGCAGACCCUUUCCUCGUUGUCUGCAGAUGCUUCAGCUUCGUCACAUCCCUCGUCGCCAUUCUCUGCGUUGUCGUCAACGUUCUCGCUGCUAUUCGCUCCUUCCGCGACAGCCACGAUAUAUUCGAUGGAAUAUUCCGGUGUUACGCUGUGUUGAUCGCUUGUUUUGUGGUUCUUGCCGAGACGGAAUGGGGAUUUAUACUGAAAUUUUCUAAGGUUCUUGAGUAUUGGGCUGGGAGAGGAAUGCUUCAGAUUUUUGUGGCUGUGAUGACAAGAGCUUUCCCUGACUAUAUGACUCAAAAGAAAGAUCUCUUGCUUCUUCAGAACAUUGCUAGUUACAUGCUUCUUGCUUGUGGUCUUGUCUAUUUCAUAUCAGGGAUUCUAUGCAUUGGUUUUCUGAAACGUGCUCGGCAGAAGAAGGAAAUCUCAAAAGAACAAGCUGUCAAGGAUCUUGAGGAGAUAGACCGACGCAGGGAAGAACUGGAACAAUUGCUCGUGGAGCAUCGGAGUAUAGACGAUGUGUGA